AUGGAUGAGACAAGACGGGAGAGGGGGAAGGUUGAAGAACUGGCUAUCCAAACUCAAAAACAAAGAGAAGAAAUGGUGGGUUUCAUGGAAAAGAACAACCAAAAGCAGAACGAACUGGAACUCAUGAAUAACAAGAUUGAAAGAGAGAAACAAGACAUCGAAGAAAGUCGGGAUGUGCUAACAAAGGAGAGAGAGGAGCUGGAACAAAUGAGGAAUGAGACACAGCGACAGAGAGAGGAGACAGAAUCUCACAUGGAAGACCAAAGGAAAGAGAAAGAACAUCUGGAACAAAUGACGACGGACAUGAAAAAACAGUUGCUAGAGAUGGAUAAUGACAAGGAAAUGAUAGAAAGCUCAAUGGGUGAACUGAGAUUGAAAGAGGCAGAAAUGGUGAGAGAAAAGGAGAACAUGGAAAACAAGAUGGCUAGACUCAAAGACGAAGAGGAUAGAAUGCGGGAAGAAAUAGGAAGGAAGAUGGACAACUUGAAGCAGGAAAGUCAUGAAAUCAAAAGACUUAGAGAUGAAAUUGACAGUGAAAAGGACCAGCUGAAUGCAAAAUUGCUUGAGUUGGAAAAAAUGCGUGAAGAACUAGAUAGAGAGAAGAAGGAAGUGAAAGACAGGAAGGAUGAAGUACUGAAAGAGAAAGAUCAGUUGGAAGAGAGGCGAGAUAAGAUCAGUAAGGAGAAAGAGGAAUUGGAUAUCAGUCUUGAACUGAUGAAAAGACAAAGGGAAGACUUGACGAGCUUGAAGGCUGAAGCAGAAGCACAGACCGAGCCUAUGGAAAAAGACUGGAAGGAAAAGCUCACGAGGGAAAGACAACAACUUGAAGAUGUAAAGGAGGAGAUACAGAAGGAAAAAGAAGCCUUUGAGAGAAAGACGGGAUUGACCAUGAAAGAAAGAGAUGAGUUUGAGCUGAUGAAGUCUGAAACCCAGGGACAAUUGGAGGAAAUAGAACAAAACAAACAAGACAUUCGUGUGGAGAAGGAAAAGCUGGAUCAGAUCAAAGCUGAGUUAGAAAGGCGAUCUGAAAACAUAAAUCAGGUCAUGGAUGAGACAAGACGGGAGAGGGGGAAGGUUGAAGAACUGGCUAUCCAAACUCAAAAACAAAGAGAAGAAAUGGUGGGUUUCAUGGAAAAGAACAACCAAAAGCAGAACGAACUGGAACUCAUGAAUAACAAGAUUGAAAGAGAGAAACAAGACAUCGAAGAAAGUCGGGAUGUGCUAACAAAGGAGAGAGAGGAGCUGGAACAAAUGAGGAAUGAGACACAGCGACAGAGAGAGGAGACAGAAUCUCACAUGGAAGACCAAAGGAAAGAGAAAGAACAUCUGGAACAAAUGACGACGGACAUGAAAAAACAGUUGCUAGAGAUGGAUAAUGACAAGGAAAUGACAGAAAGCUCAAUGGGUGAACUGAGAUUGAAAGAGGCAGAAAUGGUGAGAGAAAAGGAGAACAUGGAAAACAAGAUGGCUAGACUCAAAGACGAAGAGGAUAGAAUGCGGGAAGAAAUAGGAAGGAAGGUGGACAACUUGAAGCAGGAAAGUCAUGAAAUCAAAAGACUUAGAGAUGAAAUUGACAGUGAAAAGGACCAGCUGAAUGCAAAAUUGCUUGAGUUGGAAAAAAUGCGUGAAGAACUAGAUAGAGAGAAGAAGGAAGUGAAAGACAGGAAGGAUGAAGUACUGAAAGAGAAAGAUCAGUUGGAAGAGAGGCAAGAUAAGAUCAGUAAGGAGAAAGAGGAAUUGGAUAUCAGUCUUGAACUGAUGAAAAGACAAAGGGAAGACUUGACGAGCUUGAAGGCUGAAGCAGAAGCACAGACCGAGCCUAUGGAAAAAGACUGGAAGGAAAAGCUCACGAGGGAAAGACAACAACUUGUAGAUGUAAAGGAGGAGAUACAGAAGGAAAAAGAAGCCUUUGAGAGAAAGACGGGAUUGACCAUGAAAGAAAGAGAUGAGUUUGAGCUGAUGAAGUCUGAAACCCAGGGACAAUUGGAGGAAAUAGAACAAAGCAAACAAGACAUUCGUGUGGAGAAGGAAAAGCUGGAUCAGAUCAAAGCUGAGUUAGAAAGACGAUCUGAAAACAUAAAUCAGGUCAUGGAUGAGACAAGACGGGAGAGGGGGAAGGUUGAAGAACUGGCUAUCCAAACUCAAAAACAAAGAGAAGAAAUGGUGGGUUUCAUGGAAAAUAACAAACAAAAGCAGAAUGAACUGGAACUCAUGAAUGACAAGAUUGAAAGAGAGAAACAAGACAUCGAAGAAAGUCGGGAUGUGCUAACAAAGGAGAGAGAGGAGCUGGAACAAAUGAGGAAUGAGACACAGCGACAGAGAGAGGAGACAGAAUCUCACAUGGAAGACCAAAGGAAAGAGAAAGAACAUCUGGAACAAAUGACGACGGACAUGAAAAAACAGUUGCUAGAGAUGGAUAAUGACAAGGAAAUGAUAGAAAGCUCAAUGGGUGAACUGAGAUUGAAAGAGGCAGAAAUGGUGAGAGAAAAGGAGAACAUGGAAAACAAGAUGGCUAGACUCAAAGACGAAGAGGAUAGAAUGCGGGAAGAAAUAGGAAGGAAGGUGGACAACUUGAAGCAGGAAAGUCAUGAAAUCAAAAGACUUAGAGAUGAAAUUGACAGUGAAAAGGACCAGCUGAAUGCAAAAUUGCUUGAGUUGGAAAAAAUGCGUGAAGAACUAGAUAGAGAGAAGAAGGAAGUGAAAGACAGGAAGGAUGAAGUACUGAAAGAGAAAGAUCAGUUGGAAGAGAGGCAAGAUAAGAUCAGUAAGGAGAAAGAGGAAUUGGAUAUCAGUCUUGAACUGAUGAAAAGACAAAGGGAAGACUUGACGAGCUUGAAGGCUGAAGCAGAAGCACAGACCGAUCCUAUGGAAAAAGACUGGAAGGAAAAGCUCACGAGGGAAAGACAACAACUUGAAGAUGUAAAGGAGGAGAUACAGAAGGAAAAAGAAGCCUUUGAGAGAAAGAAGGGAUUGACCAUGAAAGAAAGAGAUGAGUUUGAGCUGAUGAAGUCUGAAACCCAGGGUCAAUUGGAGGAAAUAGAACAAAGCAAACAAGACAUUCGUGUGGAGAAGGAAAAGCUGGAUCAGAUCAAAGCUGAGUUAGAAAGACGAUCUGAAAACAUAAAUCAGGUCAUGGAUGAGACAAGACGGGAGAGGGGGAAGGUUGAAGAACUGGCUAUCCAAACUCAAAAACAAAGAGAAGAAAUGGUGGGUUUCAUGGAAAAGAUCAAACAAAAGCAGAACGAACUGGAACUCAUGAAUGACAAGAUUGAAAGAGAGAAACAAGACAUCGAAGAAAGUCGGGAUGUGCUAACAAAGGAGAGAGAGGAGCUGGAACAAAUGAGGAAUGAGACACAGCGACAGAGAGAGGAGACAGAAUCUCACAUGGAAGACCAAAGGAAAGAGAAAGAACAUCUGGAACAAAUGACGACGGACAUGAAAAAAACAGUUCCUAGAGAUGGAUAAUGACAAGGAAAUGAUAGAAAGCUCAAUGGGUGAACUGAGAUUGAAAGAGGCAGAAAUGGUGAGAGAAAAGGAGAACAUGGAAAACAAGAUGGCUAGACUCAAAGACGAAGAGGAUAGAAUGCGGGAAGAAAUAGGAAGGAAGGUGGACAACUUGAAGCAGGAAAGUCAUGAAAUCAAAAGACUUAGAGAUGAAAUUGACAGUGAAAAGGACCAGCUGAAUGCAAAAUUGCUUGAGUUGGAAAAAAUGCGUGAA